AACACGGGCAUCCAAACUACGCCUAGUCAACCCAGCAUAGCCAAUUCCGUCAUAACAGCUUUCAUUCCAAGCUUCAUACGAUAUCCAACAUGGCCUACGUUAAUUAUCGCACCAUUGACGUCGAUCGUUUGGACCCCGAUUCCUCGAUCAACUUCGAUACCUCAACUCUUCUUCCGCCUUUGGUACCAGUCUCUGCUGCCGAUGUGCAGAGCUUAGCUGGACAGAUCAGACAGCUUCUUCGAGGUGGAGAUGCAGAGGGCGCUCUGAUCGGCGCGCUUCAGAAUGCGCCAUACGGUGGCGAUGACAAAGCAAAGGAAGUCCAUCUUGCUACCGUUAUCGAGAUUCUCCAGUCAAUAAAGCAAGCAGAGAUGUCCCCCAUAUUGACCCGCAUAUAUCAAUCCGAAGGCGGAAGUGAGACUCUGGAUAUUUUGAUGAAAUACCUGUAUAAGGGAAUGUCAUUAACGCAACCCUCGAGCGUUGCCGGCAAGCCAAUUUCACCACAACCCACAGGGUUCUCGCAGAUCACCUCUCGGGGUGGCGGAGAAGGCUCUGGCCAGGCCAUGAGCGUUUUAUUGAGCUGGCACGAAAAGUUGGUCGAGAUUGCGGGCCCUGGUAGUAUCGUUCGUGUUAUGACAGAUCGGAGAACAGUAUGAAUUUGUAAUGAUUUGCGCUCUUCAAAGAAUCUCACAGAAUGAUCUCUGCGCUCGGGCGAGGUGAUACAGAGCCACCUUUUUCGCCAUCGUCGUGGAAAGGAAAAGGAUAUUUAACUAUGUCGGGCACCCAAACAAAGAAUUUUGGCGCGUAUAUUU